AGGGGGAGGGAGGAGGCGGAGGAGCGAGCCGUGAGGCCAGAGCGGGAAAGAGACUCGUCUGUGCGUCCGAGUUCUGGAACCGCUGCACCUCGGCUCCUGGGGCUGCAGCGGGAGCUGUGAGGGGCCGGGCGUCCGCUGUCUCCCGGGUUCGCGUCGUAACGACCCCGUGGGGUCGGGAAAAGGAGAAGAUGGAGGAGGAGGGAGGCAGCGGCGGCACCGCCGCGGGGGCCGGCGGCGACGGGGAAGAGCAGCUUCUCACCGUCAAGCACGAACUGCGGACGGCUAAUUUAACAGGACAUGCAGAGAAGGUGGGGAUUGAAAAUUUUGAACUCCUGAAGGUCCUAGGAACUGGAGCCUAUGGAAAAGUAUUUCUAGUUCGUAAAGUAAGUGGUCAUGAUACUGGAAAACUGUAUGCCAUGAAAGUUUUGAAAAAGGCAACAAUAGUUCAAAAGGCCAAAACCACCGAGCACACAAGGACAGAACGACAAGUCCUGGAGCACAUUAGGCAGUCACCGUUUUUGGUUACAUUGCACUAUGCUUUCCAGACAGAAACCAAGCUUCAUCUCAUUUUAGAUUACAUAAAUGGUGGAGAACUUUUUACUCAUCUUUCUCAAAGAGAGCGUUUCACAGAGCAUGAGGUGCAGAUCUAUGUUGGAGAGAUUGUGCUUGCCCUCGAACAUCUCCACAAGUUGGGGAUUAUAUACCGUGACAUUAAGCUUGAAAACAUUCUCCUUGAUUCUAAUGGCCAUGUGGUGCUGACCGAUUUUGGUCUGAGUAAGGAGUUUGUGGCUGAUGAAGCUGAAAGAGCAUAUUCCUUUUGUGGAACUAUUGAGUACAUGGCACCAGAUAUUGUCAGAGGAGGAGAUUCAGGACAUGACAAGGCAGUUGACUGGUGGAGUUUAGGUGUUCUAAUGUAUGAAUUGCUAACUGGGGCAUCUCCUUUCACUGUUGAUGGAGAGAAAAAUUCCCAAGCUGAGAUAUCUAGGAGAAUAUUAAAAAGUGAGCCUCCUUAUCCUCAAGAAAUGAGUGCUUUAGCCAAAGACCUAAUUCAGCGUCUUUUGAUGAAAGAUCCCAAGAAAAGAUUAGGAUGUGGUCCACGUGAUGCAGAUGAAAUCAAAGAACAUCUCUUCUUUCAGAAAAUAAAUUGGGAUGAUUUAGCUGCCAAAAAAGUGCCCGCACCGUUUAAGCCAGUCAUUCGGGAUGAAUUAGAUGUGAGUAACUUUGCAGAGGAGUUCACAGAAAUGGAUCCCACCUACUCUCCUGCAGCACUUCCCCAGAGCUGUGAGAGGCUGUUCCAGGGCUAUUCCUUUGUUGCGCCUUCUAUUCUGUUCAAGCGUAAUGCAGCUGUGAUAGAUCCUCUUCAGUUUGACAUGGGAGAUGAACGUCCUGGGGUUACAAAUGUAGCCAGGAGUGCAAUGAUGAAGGACUCUCCAUUCUAUCAACACUAUGACCUGGAUCUGAAGGACAGACCAUUGGGAGAAGGAAGUUUUUCAAUUUGUCGAAAGUGUGUACAUAAAAAAAGUAGCCAAGCAUUUGCAGUGAAAAUAAUCAGCAAAAGGAUGGAAGCCAAUACUCAGAAAGAAAUAACAGCUCUGAAACUCUGUGAAGGACACCCCAAUAUAGUGAAGUUGCAUGAAGUUUUUCAUGAUCAGCUUCAUACAUUUCUAGUGAUGGAACUUCUGAAUGGGGGAGAGCUGUUUGAACGCAUUAAGAAAAAGAAACACUUCAGUGAGACUGAAGCCAGCUGCAUCAUGAGGAAGCUUGUCUCAGCUGUAAGCCACAUGCACGAUGUUGGAGUGGUGCAUAGAGACUUGAAACCCGAGAAUUUAUUGUUCACUGAUGAAAAUGAUAACUUGGAAAUUAAAGUAAUUGAUUUUGGGUUUGCACGCUUAAAGCCACCUGAUAAUCAGCCUCUUAAGACUCCGUGCUUCACUCUUCAUUACGCUGCCCCAGAGCUCUUGAAUCACAACGGCUACGAUGAGUCCUGUGACCUCUGGAGUUUGGGUGUCAUUUUGUAUACAAUGUUGUCAGGGCAGGUUCCUUUCCAAUCUCAUGAUAAAAGUUUGACAUGUACCAGUGCAGUGGAAAUCAUGAAAAAAAUUAAAAAGGGAGAUUUCUCCUUUGAAGGAGAAGCCUGGAAGAAUGUAUCCCAAGAAGCUAAAGAUUUGAUCCAAGGACUUCUCACAGUAGAUCCAAAUAAAAGGCUUAAAAUGUCUGGCUUGAGAUACAAUGAAUGGCUUCAGGAUGGCAGCCAGCUGUCCUCAAAUCCUCUGAUGACUCCAGACAUUCUAGGAUCUUCUGGAGCUGCCGUGCAUACCUGUGUGAAAGCAACCUUCCAUGCCUUUAACAAAUACAAGAGAGAGGGGUUUUGCCUUCAGACUGUGGAUAAGGCUCCUCUGGCUAAGAGAAGGAAAAUGAAAAAGACUAGCACCAGUACGGAGACUCGCAGCAGCUCAAGUGAAAGUUCUCAUUCUUCUUCCUCUCAUUCUCAUGGUAAAACUACACCUACAAAGACACUGCAGCCAAGCAAUCCUGCUGAUGGCAAUAAUCCAGAAACCCUCUUCCAUUUCUCAGACUGAGUAUCCUAGGAAUGGUAGGAAUGUAAUUGAUGAAGCUUUGCACUUUUAUUUCCCUCAGUGUAUACCUGAGGAGAUGUUUUGUGCUUUUAAAAAUGUGUCCCGUUGGUGUCAUUGGAAUCUGCCUCUUAGUGAAUUUUUUCAGGAAGACCUGUUUGGUCAUCCUCGUCCAAAAGCACUGGACAGAAAAUGUUACUGUGAAUAGAGCACGUUAUACUGUUUAAUGACUUAGAAUGAUGCCAACAGGACUGUUCUUGAAAGAGCAAAGGUUUCUGUAAAUUUAAUUGGAAUGGGUUAGCUCUGAGCUGCUUACAGAAUAAGUCACAGCUUAUUAGAUGUCUGCCAACAAGAGUUAACUUGUACUGUAAUGAUACCUUUUGCUUUGCCUUGUAGACAGCGUGGGUUUCUGAGAGAUUUGCACCCUGUGAACAGUGAUUUAUCAGAGAAAAAAAUCUGAUUGCUUUCAAAAAGAUUCUGUAAUGAAUUUUAUGUGUGACAUAUACUUAUUUCUUGAGAGAGGAUUUUAACUUAUUGUUUUUAUUUUAUGGCUAUAUAUGAUGAUAACCAGCUAUUAUUAAUCUUUUUCUAAACAGUGAAAAAAAAAAGGAUAUAAGAACUUAAGAUCCCAUAGUCUACAUUUGGGAUCUAUAUGAGAUGCAUGCUAAGAUAUGUAUGUUUUUAAUUUUGCACUGCUCUUUCCUGGCAAUUUGUUUUAAUGAUUAUUGCAGACUAUUAAGGUACACAUCUCUCUGUUUUAAGUAAUAUUGCACUUUAUAAAAGAGUAUGAAUAAAACAAGCUGUUUUAUGAAGUGCGCUAUUUAAAGCCUAUGUACUGUAUUUUAGCCAUUUUUUCCAUUAUCUACUUUAAAUUAGUCCUCACAUCCCUCUUCUACUUUGUAUGCAACAAGGAGAAUAGGGCAUUGUAUAACAUAAUCAUUAGCCACUUAUGCACUGAUGUGAGGAAAAACUAAAGGGAAAUUAUACUAAACACUGUGCUUCAUAUUUGUACACUGUGUUGUGCUACAGUGAGGCAUUUCCUCCUGUAGUCAUAUUUUAUGUACAUAAUAUUUUAGAAUCAUAACUAUGACUUGUUUUGAAAAUUUACUGUUAAAUUUUAAAUCUGGAAAGCAUAUUUUAUAAACUUAUGCAGAGCACUUUUAUUGCUCAAAAAUUCUGAAUUCAUACAUACAACAAAGUGCUAUGUGUGAGACAUUUCAUUGAAAGAUUGCUGCAUUAAAAAAAGUUAAUUCAUUCCCUAUGCAAAAAAAAAAAAGUGAUAGGCUAUGUAUGUUAUAUUUUCUUUUAAAAGCCAUCACAUGAAUUGUCAGGCCUGAGAAAAGUGAUCUUUGCUAUGUUUACAGGAAUCAUGCUUAAAAAGAUAAUGCCUGACUUGUGUAUUUUGUAGUUUUGUUAGUGAUAGCCUCUUGAGCAUUAGUUUGGAAUUUGGGCAUGGUAUUUAUUUAUUCCUUUUUUGAGAUAAUAGCAGCAUUAAUUUCAACCAGUUAUGAAUACUAAAAAUAUUGCACUCUAUGUAAUGGUAGCAUAUUUAUUACUAAAUCAAUGUACAUAUUAGUAGCGCAGGCAACAAAAAUGGCAAAUAUUAAAAUAUUUUCAAAAUAUUAUAUUAUCCUAUUCACAUUUUUGUCCACAGUGGUUACUGGGAAUAGCUUUUUAUACUUUUCAGUGGCCCAACUGGCUACAUAAUUCUGAGUUAAUGAAAGUUUUGUACUCCUAACUUUCAGUCAUUCCUAGUAAUGAUGGGAAAUCUUAUGUGAAUUAGAUUCACUAUACCUAUUCAGCAAGCUAAGUCACAGAAUGUAUUUCCUUCAAGCACAGAUUUAUAAUAACCAAAAAAUGUCCAUUUAUAAAUGUAGUUAUGUUGAAAAUAUUUGAAAAUAUGUAAGUCGACUCUUCAAGACAUUUUUAAAACAGUGUAUUCUGGUUUAAAAAAAAAAUACUAGUUUUAAAGUACAAACUAAAAGGACAUUCUAAUGUUAAUAGAAAAUGAUCCACAAAAAUGGUCAAUAAGUGUACCCUAAUAACUGAUUAUGGAGUAGACUCACCGUGAAUACUGGAAAUCAGUGGGUUUUAUUUUCAUUUCUUUUCCUUGUCUCUUUUUCUGGAGGUCUUGGCAAACAAUGAAAUGGGUGAAAAGGCAGGCAGAGUAAGAGGAGGAAGGCAAGAUAAGGCUAAUCUGUCAACUGGUGAGCCUCCCUGAAUAAUCUAGAAUGGGCUUUUGAAAAGACCUCAAAAAACGCUCACGAUACCCUUGUCAGAUACCUUCAUCCUCACUCUACUUAUAAACACCAGGAGGACAUAAGUUUGCAGCAGUUAAGUUAUAUGCAGCCUAUCUGUUAAUACACUUUAAAAUUCAUAAUGCUUUCAUUUAAUCACAUCAAAAAUAAAGAAUAAAAAGUAAUUCAUAUAAAAAUGUUACAUGUAAGGACUCUUUUUUAGGUAUUAGGAGAAAAAUAAAAGUAGAUCUAAGAAAAACAAAUAUAAACAUUAAAUUGUCUUUAUAACAUUGAUUUGGGGGAUAGAGCCAAAUCACCGUUUACCUUCUUCCCUUACAGAUUUUAUUUUAUGAGGUUUUCAUACCAUCAUAAAUCCUGAUUCAUGUAGCACAUUUUGUAACUAUAUGUGGCUAGUUGAGAGACAAAAAUGUGGAAAGGAAAGGAAUACAGGAAAAAAUUUUAAAAGACCAGUUUCUUUUUAAUUACUGUGACAGAUCCAAUGACCGAGUAGGUUAUUUCCCAAGUUAAAUUUGCUACUUUACAAUUCAUUAUUUCUUCCAAACCUUUAUAAAAUAAACAACUGGAAAAAAAAACAAAAAACAGUAGCCUGAGUUAAUUUUAACAUGCUUGUCUUUCUGGGAGUCACAGAUU